UUGCACUUGUCCAUCCAGAAGGACAUGACCCAGAAGAGAGGGGCUUCUCCCCCUGACCUCCCACCAGCUCCUGCUCUAGGACUGUGGUUUCACUCUGAGAGGGGAAGCCUGCCAAUGUGUCUCGACAGCACUAGCUCCAGGAGGAGUAAAGCCAAGAUGAUCAAGGACUACCAACUCUCUCCCUCUGCAGUGCGCAUCGAUCACCUGGAGAAGCAGAUCAUGGUCCCUACCACAGCUCCAGAAAAUGCCCAGAUAAUCAAAGAAGUGGAAGUUGACAAGGUCUCAGUGCUCUGCAGGGACCAGGUGGAAGCCAUCAAGCAGGUCUGGCAGGAUCCAGGAAUCCAGGAGUGUUAUGACAGGAGGCGGGAGUACCAGCUGUCAGACUCUGCCAAAUAUUACCUGACUGACAUUGACCGAAUCGCCAUGCCAUCGUUUGUGCCAACACAGCAAGAUGUGCUUCGUGUCCGAGUGCCCACCACAGGCAUCAUUGAGUAUCCAUUCGACUUGGAAAACAUCAUUUUUCGGAUGGUGGAUGUUGGUGGCCAGCGAUCUGAACGACGGAAAUGGAUUCAUUGCUUCGAGAGUGUCACCUCCAUCAUUUUCUUGGUUGCUCUGAGUGAAUAUGACCAGGUCCUGGCUGAGUGUGACAAUGAGAAUCGCAUGGAAGAGAGCAAAGCCUUGUUUAAAACCAUCAUCACCUACCCCUGGUUUUUGAAUUCAUCUGUGAUUUUGUUUUUAAACAAGAAGGAUCUUUUGGAAGAGAAAAUCAUGUACUCUCAUCUAAUUAGCUAUUUCCCAGAAUACACAGGACCAAAACAGGAUGUGAAAGCUGCCAGAGACUUUAUUCUGAAGCUUUAUCAAGACCAGAAUCCUGACAAAGAAAAAGUCAUCUAUUCCCACUUCACAUGUGCUACAGAUACAGAGAAUAUCCGUUUUGUGUUUGCUGCUGUCAAAGACACAAUUCUGCAACUAAACCUAAGGGAAUUCAACUUGGUUUAAAAGCUACUGCCCAUUUCUUCCUCACAACAAAAAACAGGAUUUGCAGGCUCCUUCUGUUUAAUUUGCAAAUGCUUCUGACAUCCCCUGGACCAAGACCCUGUGCCAGGCACCAAGAACAUUCUGUAGACAACAGGGACAGAGAUGGGUAAUAGAAUUUGAAAGGUGUUUGAGUUUAUCAAACCUCUCAAAAGAGUCUUUUUUCCCAGAUUGUUUUUGUAGUUCUUUUCUUGCCUCCUGGCUCUAACAUUUCGUGUAAUUUUUGAAUUUGGUAUUUUAUAGAAUUUUAAAUGGCCACUGUGAUUUACUGUUUUCUUUCAAAAAUUAAGUUUCAAGAUGUUUAAUGAUAGACAUUAAAAAUCACAUACAAGGGCUGGGGUAGUGGCUCAGCGGUAGAGUGCUCGCCUAAUGAAUGAGAGGCCCUGGGUUCGAUCCUCAGCACCACAUAUAAAUAAAUAAAAUAAAGGUAUUAAAAAAUAUCACAUACAGAGGGGCCUGUUAAUAGAUUAUGUCUUCAGACCUCUAGGAUUAAUUUGGGUGACCUUUUAAAAAAACAAGUGUUAAUGGGUUUGAUGCUUUAUAUUAAAUCUUGUAAUUUAGAGUAAUUUCUAAUUUUGAGUGUUUUUCUCUCCUUAUGCUGGAAUUAUGAUUCCUUUAACAACAUGUCACCAAAGAUUUUCUCUUUUUAAAAAAAGAUGAUUCUUUUUGUGUCAACUUCCUAAGUCAGAUUAAUGAAUAUAUCAGUACAUCUAAUUUAGUUUAGUCAUAACUUGGUCACCAUGACACUAAAGUUGACAUUUGAAAAAUGGAUUCCAGACAGUAUAUAUGCUGUAUUGGUGAAAAAUGUGUAUAUACACAUGUAUGUAUAUAUAUAAGAUUGAGAUCAUACAUAUAUAUAUAUAUAUAUAUAUAUAUAUAUAUAUAUAUAUAUAUAUAUAAAAUCUAAUGCAUAUGGCCAGGUCUUAUAAACUUACGAAAUGGCUAAAAGUGCAAUUGUUUAACAAAUGUUAUGUAACCCCUGCCAGAGUUCUGAUGAUCAUCACAGAUUUGCUGCUUGAACUAUGUAUGCUGUGCCUUUGUGAGGAGGCUAAGAAUAUAAUAUUCUGCCACUA